GUUACCAAGUCUUGACUCUCUGCUCUUAUUCUGUAGCUAUCAUAAGACAAACCCUACAGGGACCCAGGAGCUGCUAGACAUUGCUAAUUACCUGAUGGAACAGAUUCAAGAUGACUGCACUGGGGAUGAAGAUUACACCUAUUUGAUUCUGCGGGUCAUUGGAAAUAUGGGCCAAACCAUGGAGCAGUUAACUCCAGAACUCAAGUCUUCAAUCCUGAAAUGUGUCCAAAGUACAAAGCCAUCACUGAUGAUUCAGAAAGCUGCCAUCCAGGCCCUGCGGAAAAUGGAGCCUAAAGACGAGGUAAAGUCCACAAGAAGAGGUCUGAAAGUGAAAGUUCAUUAACAAGGAUUUGGAAGGUACU